UAAUUCAAAAAUGGAGUAAAAUGUUUUUCUUGGAUAUUUUUACAUGGUUCGAUAGAGCUCGUCGAGCUCUACAAAACUGUAUAUAUUCAAUUUUUUUAAAGUCAUUAUUUUGUAAUAAAACAUUAAAAAAACUAUUUGGAAAAUCUUAAAAACCGUUAAAAAAAAAACUGAUAUUUUGGAUACGGAAGAAAAACAUUCGAUUUUUCAAUAAAAUUAGCUUUUGUUGAUUAUUUUUACUCCCUCAGGUGUUUCGAAAUAUACUCAUUCGAUACAGCGUGAAAAACUGCACCGAAUGAGUAUAUUUUCAAACAUCUUACGUUAGGAUACUAAUGGAAAACAACUGAAUUUAUUGUAAAAAAGACCAUUUUUCCCCUAUAAAAGGUGUAAAAAAUGCGGAUUUUUGGGUACCUUCUUUAGACAGUUUUCAGUAAAUUUCAACUCAAGAAUCCUAUUUAAAAAAAUUUUAAUAUAUACAAUUUUGUAGAGCUCGACGAGCUCUAUCGAACCAUGUAAAAAUAUCCAAGAAAAACAUUUUACUCCAUUUUUGAAUUAGUAGCACCUUCCUUUUCCACCCACAAAAAUGUAUAAAAUUUCUUCAGUUCGAUAUUAAAAGGUUUACAUAACCCUUACUAUUUAGCAUCAAUAAAUCCCAUUUUUCACGAUCUUUCAUUUGGUAUAAAAUUCAUCAUAUCUUCUAUUUGAAAUUAUAGCGUUACCCCCCUUGAAUAAUAUUUUUUCCAACCCUGUAUAAUUAAUAAACGAUCAAAAAUCGAUCUGUUGUGUUGACUAAAGAGUUUAUCCAAAGUUAUAUCAGCGUAUGUGAUCAACUUGUUAAAAAAUCAUCUUUGCUUAAAUAAAAACUUAUAUUUCUUACACAGCAUUACUUCUGAAAGAUAUACAUAACUACGUAGGAAACAAAACUCUACAUAUAUUUUAUUGAAGAAAAACCGACGAUCAUUUGAUACUUAAGCACUUAACUAUCUUGUCUACUAUUAUGUCAUGGUGUACUUAAAGUUAUUUUCCGAGUGGUGGUAAUCUACUGCUGUUAUACCUCAGUAUGUCAAUGAUAAUGUGAAUACAUGUACAACAUAGUUUUUUCUUUUAAAAGAAAACCUAAACAAUUAAUCAUAAUAAGGCAGUUUAAUAUAAUUUUAUCAUCGACAUUAAACAUAUCACUUUUAAAAACUCAGCUUAUAAAAUAGAGAUUUUUGUUAUCAAUAGAUGUCAGUACUAUUCAAUCUAUUAUAUUCAUUCGAUGCAUCUUAUUGGUUGAACACUCGAAACAAAGAACAACGUUUUCUAUUCGACUUCUUGUAUGCUUUCUUUGUAACAAUGAAUUCAUUUGAUUAUUAACGUCCGGCAUGUAUAUCAAGCAGGUCAGUUUAAUAGAUAUUUUUUAAUUAAAAUUAAUAAUUCUUUCUUAAUAGGUUAUUAUCCAAGGUUUUCGUUCAUAUCGUGAUGAAACCAUCAUUGAACCAUUUAGUCCACGUUAUAAUAUUAUUGUUGGACGAAAUGGUUGUGGAAAAUCAAAUUUCUUCUUUGCAAUUCAAUUUGUCUUAAGUGAUGAAUUUAGUAAUUUAUCAGCUGAAGGUCGUUAUAAUUUAAUGCAUGAAGGUAUUAGUAGUCGAGCAUUAAAUGCUUAUGUUGAAAUCAUUUUUGAUAAUUCUGAUAGUCGUAUUAUGAUUGAUAAACCUGAAAUUGCUGUACGACGACAAAUAAGUGGUAAAAAAGAUAAUUAUUUUCUUGAUCGUAAAGUUGUGAACAAAACGGAUAUAAUCAAUAUGCUUGAAGGUGCAGGAUUUUCUCGAUCAAAUCCAUAUUAUAUUGUUAAACAAGGCAAAAUUACUCAAAUGGCUAUUGCACCAGAUGCAAAUCGACUUCAAUUAUUACGUGAAGUUGCUGGUACAAAAGUUUAUGAUGAAAAAAAACAAGAAAGUGAAGCUAUAUUAACUGAAACAGAGGAACGUCGUAAGAAAAUAGCAGAUUUAUUAAAAGCUAUUGAAGAACGUUUAUUAAGUCUUGAAACGGAAAAAGAAGAACUUAAACAAUAUCAAAAAUGGGAUAGAUCAAAACGUGGAUUAGAAUGCGCCAUUUGUAUGUCGGAAUGUGAAGAUGCAAAAAAACGAAUUGAUGAAGUUGUAGCAAGAAUGAAUGGUGCUACACAAAAGAUUGAACAAUUGGAAGGUGAUCGAUUAUCUGUAACUGAAUUAAUUCAACAAACAAUGGAUUCAAUAACUGAACUUAAACAACGUUUACAAACACAACAAAUUGAACGUGAAACAUUAAUUGUUGAUAAUAAAGAUAAUUUUCAACGUAAAGCACAAAUUGAACUUGAAUUACAAGAUCUACAAGGUGAAACUGAACAACGUGAUGUAAAACGUGAAGAACUUAAAAAAGAACUUAUUAAAUAUGAUAGAUUAUUAACUGAAAGUGAACAACACUUAGCAAAAAUUCUUCCAAAUUAUGAUGCAUUACGACAUGAAGAAGAACAAAAAACAGCUCAACGUGAUCUUGCUGAAGAAAAACGUAAAGAAUUAUUUGCUAAACGUGGUCGUGGAAAUCAAUUUACAUCAAAAGAAGAUCGUGAUAAAUGGAUUCGUCUUGAACUUAAGUCAUUAAAUAAAGCUAUUCAUGAUAAACGUGAACAAAUGCAACGUUUAAAAAAAGAUUUAGAAGAUGAAACAAUUAAAUCACGUGAAAUUGAAGAACAACUUCGACAAAUUGUUGAUAAUGGUAAUGAACAACGUUCUCAUAUGGAUAAUGUUAAUACACGUGUACGAGAUCUUCGACAAAAAAAAAGUGAUAUUGCUGCUCAAAAAACUGAAUUAGCACGUAAAGAAACUCAAUUACAUAUGCAAUUAAGUCAAACUCGUGAUGAAUUACGAAAAUGUCAAGAUACACUUCGAUCUGUUAUGAAUAAAGGUGCAACAUCAGGUGCUGAUGGUUUACAACGACUUCUUCGUCAAUUUGCUGAUGAAAAUCGUAAUCAGGAUAUUAUUCAUGCAUAUCAUGGUACAUUAAUUGAAAACAUCGAAUGUGAUCCAGCUUUUUAUACAGCUGUUGAAGUUAUUGCUGGUAAUCGACUUAAUUAUCAUAUCGUCGAUACAGAUGUUAUUGCAACACGUUUAGUUAAAGAAUUUAAUGUAGCACGUCAACGUGGUGAAAUUCAUUUCUUACCAUUAAAUGUAUUAGAUGUUCAACAUAAUACAUUAUCACAUAUAAAUGGUGCAUCACCAUUAAUUGAUCAACUUCAAUGGGUACCGAAAGUUGAAAAAGCUGUUCGUCAUGUAUUUAAUCGUAUUAUGCUUUGUGAAGAUUUUAAUUCUGCUACACGUACAGCUCGGCAAUAUGAUGUUGAUUGUGUUACAUUAGAUGGUGAUCAAGUUCAACGUAAAGGUGCAUUAACAGGUGGUUAUAUCGAUAGGAAAAUUUCACGUUUGGAAUUACAACGUUCAAUAAAACAAUUACGUGCAACAUUAAAUAAAUAUGAAGAAGAAUAUGAAAAACUUCGACAAGAAAUAACCCAUAUUGAUAAUGAACAUAAUAAUAUUAUGACAGAAUUACAACGAGAAGAUAUGAAAUCAAAGAAAAAUUGGGAUAAUUAUGAACAAAUGAAAUCGGAUUCUAAACAUCUUCAAUCGGAAUUAGAUCGUAUUAUUGCUCAUCGACCAACAAAAGAACGACAAUUAAAUGCUCUUAAUGCAACAAUUGAACAAUUUUGUGCUAAAGAAGAAUCAUUACAAUCUGAACUUGGUAGUGAUCUUAUUUCACAAUUAACUGUUGAUGAACAAUCUACUGUUGAUAAACUUAAUUAUGUUAUUGAACGAAUAACACAAGAAUUAAAAGAAAUUAUUAAAAAACGUGUUCAACUUGAAGGUAUUAAAACAAGACUUGAACAUCAAGUUUCUAAUAAUUAUAGAAAAAAUCGUGAUCGAAUUAGCACAGAUCUUGAACGAAUUCAUGUUGAAAAUGUUCGUAGUGUUAUUGAAGAACUCGAACGUGAAUAUGCUAUUUUAUCUGAUAAACUUAAUGAACAUGAAAAACAAACAGAUGCUAUCGAUCGAAUAAUUAAUAAUUUAGAUCGAGAACUUAAAAGUAAACAAAAAGAACUCGAACAAUCAAAAAAUUCGGAUAAAGAUAUUGACGAACGUAUUAAUGAAGAAAAACGUAAUACAGAUAAAUAUGAAGUUAAAUUACGUAAUGCACAAAAUAAGCUUGAUGAAAGUACUAAACGUCAAAAUGAUAUUGGUGUUCCACCUGAUGGUCUUGAAAAAUAUAAAGAUAUACCAACGAAACAACUUCAACGUGAUCUUGAUCGUGCAAUAGUUGAAUUAAAAAAAUAUGCUCAUGUUAAUAAAAAAGCACUCGAUCAAUUUCUUCAAUUUAGUGAUGAACGUGAUAAAUUAACAAAUCGUAAAGCUGAAAUUGAUGAAGCACAUCGACAUAUUGUUGAUUUAAUUGAAAGUCUUGAUAAUAAACGUUUUGAAACAAUACAAUUUACUUUCAAACAAGUUUCAUUAUAUUUUACUGAAGUUUUUAAACGACUUGUACCUGAAGGUACAGCUCAUUUGGUUAUAAAAAAAGGCGAUAAUGAAGAUUUUGAUAGUGAACAAGUUUCAUCUCAAAGUUCUGGACAACAAAUGUCUGUUGAUGAUUUUACAGGUGUUGGUAUAAAAGUCUCAUUUAAUGGUCGUACAAAUGAAAUGCGUGAUAUGCAACAAUUAUCUGGUGGUCAAAAAUCUCUUGUUGCAUUAGCAUUAAUUUUUUCAAUACAAAAAUGUGAUCCAGCACCAUUUUAUUUAUUUGAUGAAAUUGAUCAAGCACUUGAUCCACAAUAUCGAAAUGCUGUUGCAGAAAUGAUUAAUGAAUUAAGUCAAAAAGCUCAAUUUAUUAUAACAACAUUUGGUCCAGAUUUACUUAAAUAUGGUGAUAAAUUUUAUGGUAUUACAUAUCGUAAUAAAGUUAGUCAAAUACGAUCGGUUACACGAGACGAAGCAUUAGAAUUUGUUGAAGAUAAUGAUGCACAAAAUCAAGCUGCACAAGCAGCUGCAACAGCACCAAUAGUGGUUCAAAAUUAA